AUGGACAAAGAAGUCCACCGCAGUUUUCGGAUCCUAGCCUUGUGUAAACAAUUCUUCGUCAACAUUUACUCCUUCCGUUAGUCGACUGAUAGGUUUGUUCAGACACGUUAAAACCUUGCCACCGUUACAGUCGAUCACUCUUGAAUGAUUACUAGCGUUGACAUUUAUUCUUUGAUGACCGUCAAAAACUUCUUCCGUUUAUGAUUCCUGCAGUCAAAUGAUCAUCUAAUAAAGUUUCCUUCGAGUCAGACGGUCCAGAAAGAGGAAACUGCCUAAGCUCGUCAGGUGACGAAAAGAGAUUCUUCGCAAUUACCAGUCUGUAUCCGUCCUGCGUAAGACUUCACCGGUAGAUAAUUCUGUUGAAGGAAAAGAGUAUAAAUUUGCACAUUUGCAUUUGGUACAAAGGGCAUGAGACUGAUUUGAUUUUCAGCUAGCAUUUGGAAAUUGAGGGUAUUUGAUAUUUUUGCAGUGUCUUAUACGAAACUUUACAUGAUUAAUAACUGAUGUGUACUAUUUAAUCAUUUUCCCACAAUUUCUUUCAAAGUACAAUUUUAAAGCAUAUAGGCCUUUGAUAAUGGACAUAAAAAUAAGAGAUGUGUUAACUUUCCUUGCAUGUGACAUUACCGUGCCAUCAAUAUCAACAGAGCCUGAGGAAGGGUCCACAAGUGGUCGGAGAGUAUAUACAUGGUUUCAGAAAUGUCGUAUUGAAAAUAAGAGCCCUGAAUAUGGAUAAGGUAAAGGACGACCAUACACUCUCGACAAUGAACUUUUCAAAGCUAUUGUUAAGUAAUGCCGGCGUUAGAGCCUCAAAGAAAUUCCUGUGGCAUUUAGUGUCAGUAUUUAAACAGUGUGCGGCCAAUUGAUAUGAAUCGGUAAGAGGAAAGCACCCGAAAAAUUGGUCCCCCAUGUGUUCAAUCAAAAUCAAAGAGUUCUACGUUUUCUCGUGUGUUUGAUUGUCUUCUUUGCCAAAGUCUGAUUCAUUUUUGGGUCGAAAAGAGACGUGUGACGAAAAAUGAACCCUUUUUGAUAACCGAAAGCGAUCAGAGCAAUGAUCUGAUCGUUACCAAGUGUCCAACCAUUCCCCGAAACCGAAGUUGCAUCAGCAGAAGAUGAUGGUAACUGUCUGGUGGUUUGCUAUUGCUGUUGUCCACAGCAGAUUCCUCGACACCAAUAAGGGUAUCACAGCAGACGGUUAUUGCAAGCAACUCGAAGAAACGGCACCUGCACUAGUGAAUCUACGUAGCACGGUUCUGUUUCACGGAAACUCACGGAUGGCACUACAGAAACCCAGUGAAUUAGGGCACGAAAUCGGCCUGUUUUUCCCGACAACCUAAUACUUUCCUGACAACCAACAGCAAAUUCAGAUCACGCAUUUAACAGUAUACCACAAUGGAUGAUAGUGCAGCGUUAUAGUCCAAGUGAAACAUUUGGCUGCUCAUGGAGCUAUUUGUGACGGAUCGCUAACCAUUGACUGAAUAUUGGCUGUCAAUGAAAAGCAUGAGUAUUUCAGAAAGUUCGUCUCUUUCAAACAGACAAGAAUUACCAAACAAGUUUGUACGCGCGGCGCGGAGCAAACGUUGACAUCGAAUUUUAUGGAAAAUCAUCCGUUCUAGGAACCAUUUCCGAAACUAUUACCAUUUUUAUGCCUUUUGACCUCACAAUUUGAUCAGCCACGAAAGCGUUGAUUCCAUUUCGUUUUUACCGGAGUAAUGCGGGGUUUGAGGAUGGUUUUAAUAGUUUAACGGCUUACUUUUACGAAAUAUGCCAACGCGGUCUGGCAGAAGAAUACUGCUGAUGACAUUAGCUGUCCCAGGCUCAGUGAGAAAAAUCGCUUGCAUCGAGAUAAACAUCGUAUUUGACACUUUGUGUUCUUUGGUGUUUCUAAGUCCAAACAUUGCCAUUUCAUAGGACGGGGAGCCUAUGGCCGUAAUCUAUCGGCUCGGCUUUGACCACACUACUUUCGGACAUUAAACCCCCCCCCCCUUCGCCCUCCCCCCCCUGUGCGAUCUAAUAAACCGUUUUAUAUUUCUCCUCUGCAAGGCAUGAGCACGGCUGCCUGUCAUCCACGUCUGGCCUAUGACUGCGCGCAGAUCCUGUCCAAUCAUUACCCAGAGAGACUAGGAAAGGCCUUUUGUACUCUACCCGGUACGGCCUUCCAGGCCGCGUGGAAAGCUAUUCGCGGCUUCCUGCCUAUCAAUACAGUCUCCAAGGUGAAAAUCAUCAAUUCUAAGACGAAGAUGCGCAGCUACUUUGAGGAAAUUUUCUCACCAGACAUGGUUAACUGGAUGAUAGAGGAGAUCGAGCUGAAUAAGAAGAAGAACAUUACGCCAGAUCAGCGAUCCUUUUGGCUUUGCCCAGCCGCCGGAGUGCACGAUCCGCGCGGUUCACCAGAGUACACCGCCAAGUGGUUGUCACAUCAUCCAUCCGGACACCGACCUCACCCAAACAUUAUUGAUCAUCUGGAACACGGUCUUAGCAGCCCGGCAGCCAUACCUCCCUCAGCAAGCUCCGACGAUCUCGAGAGUAGUGUCAUCAGCUCGGAAGAUGAGACCGAACUGGAUGACGAGAAGGCAUCUGAUUUUCUAAAACACCUGCCCACAGAGUACCAAAUCCCCACAGAUGCCAGUUUACUGUCCUAG